CCCACCUGAUUGUUAUCACAAUGGACCCUGUCAAUCCGAACCAAAAGGCCCGAACAACGCCGCAGUAUGCAUUGUACCAGCGGGAAAACUUUUGGAAAUCAAACGAGGGCCAAGUUCCAGUCUUCAAUACGGAACCCGGCAAACUCGAAGAACUAGCAAAAGAGAAACUCAGCCAGGGAGGAUGGUUCUAUGCCUCUUCCAAUGCGGGUCAAUCCCACACCCAUACCGCAAACAGACAAGCUUUCUACCGCCACCGAAUCAUCCCCCGCAUGCUUGUCGAUACCAACCAACGCGACACGGCAACCGAGAUUUUUGGACACAAAGUUCCUGCACCAAUUGGAUUUGCACCUGUGGGCAUCAACAAGAUCUACAAUCCGCAGGGUGAAUUACCUGUAGCGAGAGCCGCAGGAGCACUAGGCUUGCCUUACUGUCUCUCGACGGCCGGUUCCCAAAGCAUAGAGGACGUGGGAAAGGCCAACGACCAAGGUGUGAGGAAUGGCCAAGGCGAGAACGGAACUGCUGCCGGCGGGGGCGAAAAGGGUGUGAGGUUCUUCCAACUGUACAUGCCGCACGAUGACGAGCUUACGCGCUCGCUUCUGCAACGUGCCGUGGAUAGUGGCUUUACAGCCUGCAUCCUGACGCUCGAUACUUGGCAACUGGGGUGGCGCCAUGACGAUGUCGCAAACUCAAACUACGCUUUCUACCACGGACUGGGUGCGGACCUGGGCCUGACUGACCUGGUGUUCCAGCAGCGACUAAAAGAAAAGGGCAUUGAUCCCACGACACAGCCAAAUGAGGCCGGGGCACUCUGGAUCGACAACGUCUGGCAUGGACGCGCACACACGUGGGACAAGGCAGUGUGGGCAAUGAACCUGUGGAAAGAGCUCAGUGGCGGGAAGCCGUUUUGUCUCAAGGGCAUCCAGAGCGUCCAUGAUGCUAAGAAGGCGGUAGAUUUAGGUUUCGACGGCAUCGUCGUGAGCAACCACGCCGGACGCCAGGUGGACGGUGCAACCGCGAGUCUGGAUGCAUUGGAAAACAUUGUCGACGCGGUUGGAGACAGGAUAUACAUCAUGUUCGACUCUGGCGUGCGCUCCGCCUCGGACGUCGUCAAGGCGCUUGCGCUCGGCGCAAAAUUUGUCUUUGUCGGUCGCCUCUGGAUCUGGGGGCUUGCCAUCAUGGGCGAGACGGGCGUGACACAUGUUAUGAAGAGCUUACUGGCUGACUUAGAUAUCCUGAUGAAUGUGGGGGGGUUCAGGAAUGUUGGUGAGAUAUCGAGAGAGGCGCUGGAGAGUGGACCGAAGAGUUAUCCGUUGAUGCAUACGGCUAGUAAGCUGUAGUUGAAGAAUGGGAUUGUGAUAUAUAUAUAGAGAGAGAGGAGAGGACAGAGUGCAACUUGAGAAGCC